AUGUACAAAAACGUGCAAGUCAAUCAUUACACAAGUUUGCCUACUAAACCAACAACGACGGCUGCUACUUCUUCUACUUCUACUAGUAAAACAACUACUACUGAUUCUUCUUCUGUUUUAAAUAAUACAAACGACGUUAUCAUAAUAAAAAAAUCAUCUUUACCAGCACCACCACUACCACAAACAUCUUCAUCUAGUUCUUCUCCAUUAACAAUACCGUCAAAAAUUAAACACGAUCCAAUAACACUACCUGUAACACAAUUACCGUCUACUUCAAUGUCAAAAACAACUACUCGUCAUUUAUCAUCAAAAUCGGAAGUGGAUCAAUUAGAUGAUCUUGUUAAUGAUUUAUUAAAUGAAGUUAAUCGUCCUUUACAAUCGUCUACAACAACAACAACAACAACCGAUCGAAAUUUAAAAUAUCCUAAAGAACAUUUUAAAGAAACAACAGAACAAUCUUAUGGACAACAUUCAUCUGUGAAACAUAAUAAUGAACCACCUGUAAUCUCGUCCUAUUCAUAUCGUCGACGUUUUGAUAAUUCAGAUGGUGAUAGCAAACCACCACCACCAUCUUAUCAUCAAGCAUCAACUUUAUCAUCAUCAAACUUGAAUAAUAGUUUAAAACGUAAUUUUGAUGAACGUACAGCAAAUAGCGUUAGUGGACUAAUUGAUCAAGAUAUUAGUAAUACAUCGAAUAAUAAUAUAAGAUCGACGACACGAACAACACGAGAAGAGCGUACACGUAUUAGACGUGGCGGUGGAAUUGGUAGUCAACAUUCACAAAAAAUCGGUACAUCAUCUGAUGUACCUCUAACAUCUUCGUCAUCAACAACAACAACUACAACAACAACAAAACCAAUUAAAAAUGAUUUAACAUCACGUGAUCAAUUAUUUAUUGAUGAACAACUUAUUGAUUCUCUUCUCGAAAGCGUUCAAAAUACAUUGAAAAAACGUUCACAACAAAAACAAUUUGAUCAUCAAACAUCGGGAUGGUCAAGUGAAAGUGGUGCGGGUAAUGGUGGUUUUAAGACCGUUCAACAUAUUCCAACAACGUCAAGAAGAACUUAUAGUAGUAGUGCAGCCUAUUCAGAUACAGUACAUAGAGCGGAUCCUUCAUCGCAAAUGCGUGGUCGAUUUCCAAUCAAAUUAUAUCGGACAGAUAGUCCAGUAAAUACAUUAUCUUCUAGGAGAGCAUACAGUCGUCAUGAUAACCGAGAUGUUGGUCUCAGCAGCUAUGGAGGAACAUCACACAGUCACACCGUUAUUCCUACAAGUAUACGGGCAACAUCUGAACCACCACCAGAAGGUCCAAUUCGAAUGGAACGUAUGGAUCUAUUACGUUCUCCAUCUCGUACACAAAUGGAUGUUGGUGGAUUACCGUCUUCAUCCUCGUUACCUUAUUAUCAUUAUUCACAUCAUCAUUCAACGUUACCAUCUGGUGGUCUUCAUGUACGUGGUCACGAUUAUUCAGGCUACGAUACAGAUACAGGAAUAGUAACAUCUCAUCGUGGUCAACGUUUUUAUGAUCAACAUCAAGCGUAUCCUCCUUCGACAACCAUGUAUUCCCAGCAUAAUAUUUAUCCACAACCAAUGCAUUUUGUACGUGAUCGUCAGCAAACAUAUUCAUCGUCUCAACAUCAACCACGGGGUCUAAGCGGAAGACCAGAUGGUUAUGAUACCGACACAGGUUUAAUAAGUAGUGGACGUUUAAGAAUGGCUAGAACAUUACCACCAAGAAUGAGUACGAUACCUGAAACUGUUGUAGUAAACAAUAGGAUUUUGUCAAAUACAAAUUUAAAUACAUUAUCUCCACAACUACGCGGCAGUUCGUUUUUGAAUGAAGUUCAACAAUCGCCAACUUCACAGUCGAAUACACUACAUCGACAAUAUUCAGGUUUUGAUACAGGGGGUAGUGGUUAUGAAACGGAUAGUGGUAUGCAUAUAAGGCAGCGACGAACAAUACCUGUUGAUAUUCAAUAUGGAGAUAGUGGAUGGGUAGGAGUUGGUGGAACACAACAUUAUAAUAGGCAACAGCAACAACGUAAUAAUCAAACAUUGCAACCGCAAAACACUCAAUAUUAUCAUUCUCAACAACAAAUACCUUAUCAUCAUCAACAACAACGUUUUCAAAAUGUACCCAUUUCGACUAGUAUUAAUUCUUCAUUUAGACAAAAUAUGCCAUCCACACAGUAUCAUUCACAUGAUCAUUUAAGAUCGAGUGGAAAUCCUGUUUCUGUACAUCAUAAUUAUACAACAUCAACAGAACAACAGUAUCCACAAUCACAAAUAAUAAAUCAGCAUGUUGAUAGAUCAUUUACAUCCGAUUCGAAAACACAGAAAAGGAUCGAACAGCCAUCUUCAAAUAAUCAACAAAAUUUAAAAACAAUAAUCUCAUCUUCAGCUACUGCCGAAGGACAUAAAAAAGAACAAAAGCGUUCACCAUUUAUUCUGGGAGGAGUGGGUUUAUCAAAUCCACCAAAACAAUUCCAUCAUGAACAUACUACAUCCAAUAGAGAAUUACCGCCAUCAACAAUGUUACAACAACAACAACCACAACAAAGAAUAUUUUCUGAUUCUUAUCAACAACAGUCAUCAUCGAAACGUCCAAUAAGACCCAAUCGUAUAAUGGAUGGACAAAAUGAGACUGAUAGUAAAAAAAUAUCAACAACGAUUUCUUCACUUACUAUACCUAUUGAUAAUAAUCCACAGCACACAUUUUCAUCUAUAGCUGAGAUAAAUAUUACUCCAAACACAACCGGCAAUAUUACUCAUGAAAAUAUGAAUACAAAAAUGACAUCAAUACCAACAUUUCCGCUAAAUACAUUAGCAUAUAAUCAAAAUUUGCAAACUAAAAGCAGUUUAGAUCAUCGAAUAGGAAAUAGUUCAUUUCGUAGUCAAGAAGAAAGUUCCCGACGUUCGAGUGUGUCAUCAGCAGCAGAAUCAGAUGUUCUACGUAAUGGUUCACAAUAUGUUCAUAAUAUUAGUAAAUAUUGGUAUAAACCAAAACUUUCACGUGAAGAUGCUAUAUCUCUGUUAAAAACAAAACCACCAGGAACAUUUUUAAUAAGAGAUAGUCAAGGCUUUCCUGGCUCGUACGGAUUGGCUAUUAAAGUUGCCAAAUUACCUCCAUCUGUUCAGGCAAAACCAGGAGCUGAUCCAAAUGCUGAACUCGUCAGACACUAUUUAAUUGAACGAACACCAACAGGCUAUGUAAAAUUGAAAGGAUGCGUUAAUGAACCAGAUUUUGCUACUUUAUCAGCAUUGGUUUAUCAGCAUUCAUUACUACCACUUGCUUUACCAUGCAAAGUGACAUUACCAGAAUCAGAUAUUUUGGAUGAAUAUGAACGUGGUGCUCAAGAUAUACGAAAACCGUCACCUAAAGAACUGUUAGAUAAAGGAACUGCAUGUAAUGUAUUAUAUUUGAAUAGUGUGGAUGUUGAACAAUUGUCGGGUCAAGCAGCAGUUACAAAAGCAUUACGUUUAACAUUUGAUAAUGCCGACAAUUUACAAGCAACAAUUGUUUUUUUUAAAGUUUCAAGUCAGGGAAUAACAUUAAUCGAUCAAAAGAGAAAAUUAUUUUUACGUCGAGAUUUUCCGAAAGAAAUUGUUACAUAUUGUGGUGUUGAUUAUGAAAAUGAUCGUUAUUGGACAUAUCAAUUUCCAGAUCUCGAUACUCUAUCGAGAGCAAGAUGUUUUGCUUUUGUAUCGAAAAAAUCUGGUAAAUCUCAACAAAAUGAAUGUCAUGUAUUUGCUGAGAUCGACUCAACUCAACCAGCAGCAGUCAUUGUUAAUUUUGUCUCAAAAGUAAUGAUUGGAUCUGUGCCUGUAUAA